CUCUCCGUAUCUCCGCCAUUAUUGUCAUCGCAAAACGCAUCAGAAAACUCAUAACCACAUGAGAACUGAAGAAAAUUCAGAGUUGGGGAGGAAGCAGAUGCACACGGCUAGUUAAUGCUACCGUACUGUGCUCUCUCAUUAAUACCACAUCAUCACUAACCCGAAUGAUUAGUUGGGAAAACAGUACAAUUAGUGCCGUUGCUAGUACAAUUAUCACAGCACCCUGUCUCUCAGUCUUGUUGCCCGUCAACGGCGUUGCCGAGACAGAUAUAAGGUAUGAGUUUCCAUAACUACAUUACUCUAAGUAUGAAAUACAAGCUAGUUCAAUGAUGAAUGAUUAUGCUUUUUGAUGUGUGAAUGGUGAGAGACAACUCAAAAUAUUAUGAACAAAUCAACAUGUUUCAAGUCAAGUAGCAUUUGGUUGUUGCAUCUAAGUGUUAGAAAAUAUUCUGUCAUAACAAAAGGUUAACUCUGCUUGCCUAAUUACUUUUUUUACAUGCCAAAAUAGAUGGACAGAACAUGGAUACAGGGGAGACAAUUCACAUCUGCAUACAUGGAGGGAGUGAAACAGUUCAUGAAAUUUGAUGGACAGAACCUAUACCUGAUGGUGAACUCCAAGAAAUCAGUGACACCGACAGAAGCAGCACUUCAAGAUGAACUUACAGCCGAAAGGCAAAGUUCAGUCAUUCUCCAUGAAGAAGUUCUCACACUAAAAGAACAAGCUAAUCUUGCAAAUGAAGCACUAGCAAAGACUCAAAAGGAGUUAGGAGAGUUCAAGCAACAGCAGGAAGAGAAUAAUAUGCUCCUUCGACGUAUCUUGAGCCUUUCCCAGGUGAACAUAUGUGCUAGGUUCUGUGAAACUUGUAAGAUAUGGUUCUCCGUGAAGUUGGUAUUUGUGUUACAAUGUUUAUUGGGCUUAUUUGUACUAUGCUGUGAAGUUCUAAUUGUUUCUCUAUGUGAUGAAUCUUGAUG